AUGCCAGCUUUGAUACCACUACCUCUAGGCGAUGGCCCCAAGCUACAGCCAUUCAGUUACAACCUCCUUUCCGACGAUGUCGAGUUUCUCGAGUUUCUCGGGCACCAUGGCGUACAUGGAAUCAUUGUAAAAACGAGAAUCAGAGGUCGCAUAUACGCCAUCAAAUUCUUUACCGAGACUGAAAUGUCAGAACCCGAAUACUCAGCUAGCGACUAUCCAACGAUUCCCAGAGAAAAGGCAGCAGAGUUUGAGUCGCACUUUACCCCAUUCUACCAGGAAUGUCGCGCUUAUGGUAGGCUCAAGGAGGUUAACUGCGAAUACCUCGCCGUCAAGGUUUACGGCUACGUCUCUCUCAAGGUGGAUCAAGCCCUGGAGCGCAAGAUGCGCAACGCCUUGUUGAAGCUUUAUCGCAUCGUCAAGGAUUGGGUGGAACCGGCUAGGUAUUGGCGUGAGACAGAUAUCCCAUCACACAGGAUUGACAGCAUCCUCAGCGUCUCGCACUUUCCAAGGAUGCUGGAGGACCUGCAUGAGAUCCAUAGAUGCGGGAUUGUUAUCAGGGACAUGAGUAUCUCGCAGUACGUCAACGGUGUUCUCGUUGACUUUAGCAUGGCUUGGACGAUGCCUCACCCUUUCGGACCCGGCGGCUUGGGCUUGGAGCCAACUUGGAAAUUUCAAAGUCUGGCUGCGUGGGAUCUCUACUGCUUUCAGACCAAGGUGAUUGAUGUUUGGAAUAACUAUCUCAGGUACGUGCUUGGUACCAUGCAAAGGGAGUGUCGGCUUCAGGCUUAUCGGCACCCUGCACCAUAUAUGCUCCGCCCUCAGCCAUCACGACAGCGACCAUUCCUUCCCAUCACCAAUGACGAAUGGAUUGACUUGGAUAUGAUUGACCUUCCGAGGCAUGAUCCUGGGGCUUUCAACGUUGAUGUUGUCCGCAAGCAGAACAAGCGGAAACGAGCUGAGAGGAGGACAAAGAUUAAAGAUGGUACAAGCUCUUUGGAGCCCUGGGAAGGUAGGAGAGCUCUUGACCCGGGUUGGUUUCUCAGCUAG